AUGGGCUCUGCGCUCCUCACACUUGGCGCUCUCCUCAGCACCAUGGCUAUGGUCACUAACUGGAUGUCUCACACACUUCCCACCUUGGUUGGUCUAGACACCUCCCGAAUUCCCAGCAGCAACUCACUGGACCCCCCCCCCGAUAGGCUCCACCGGCUUGUCCCAAUUAGCCCCCGUGAGGGUUGGCAGGUUUACAGCUCGGCCCAGGACCCCGAUGGGCGCUGCAUCUGUACCGUUGUGGCACCUGAACAGAACUUGUGCUCCAGAGAUGCCAAAAGCAAACAGCUACGCCAACUUUUGGAGAAGGUCCAGAACAUGUCCCAAUCUAUAGAGGUGCUGAAUCUACGUACCCAGAGGGACUUCCAGUAUGUGCAGAAGAUGGAGACACAGAUGAAGGGGCUAAGGACCAAGUUCAGGCAAAUUGAGGAAGAUCGGAAAACGCUGCUCACACGUCACUACCAGGAUCUGAAGGAGAAGAUGGAUGAACUGCUUCCUCUGAUUCCUAUCCUGGAGCAGUAUAAGACUGAUGCCCGGCUCAUCACACAGUUCAAAGAGGAGAUCCGCAAUCUUACUGGCAUUUUGACUACCAUCCAGCAGGAGAUUGGGGUGUUUGAUUAUGAGGAGCUGCACCAAAGGGUCCUGGGGCUGGAGAGCCGCCUUCGGGAGUGCAUGAAAAAGCUCACUUGCGGAAAGCUGAUGAAAAUUUCUGGUCCAGUCACAGUGAAGAAAUCUGGCCCGAGGUUUGGUGCUUGGUUGAUGGAUCCUACCGCAUCUGAGAAGAACAAUCGUGUCUGGUAUAUGGAAGGCUUUACAAACAGCAAGAUCGUGCGGGAAUACAAAUCACUGGCAGAUUUUGUCACUGGGGCAGAGUCUAGGACUUACAAUCUUCCCUUUAAAUGGGCAGGAACCAGCCAUCUGGUCUAUAACGGAUCGCUUUUCUUCAAUAAGUACCAGAGCAACAUAAUAAUCAAAUACAGCUUUGGUACUGGGAGAGUUCUGGCCCAGCGCAGUUUGGAUAAUGCUGGUUUCAACAACGUGUAUCCGUACACCUGGGGCGGCUUCUCCGACAUCGACCUGAUGGCAGAUGAGUUUGGCUUGUGGGCCGUUUAUGCCACCAACCAGAAUGCCGGCAACAUUGUCAUCAGCCAGUUGCGACAAGACACAUUGGAAGUGGUGAAGAGCUGGAGUACUGGCUACCCAAAGAGGAGUGCAGGAGAAUCCUUCAUGAUAUGUGGCACCUUAUACGUCACCAACUCCCACCUCACUGGUGCUAAGGUCUUUUACUCAUAUUCCACCAAGACCUCCACAUACGAGUACACAGACAUCCCCUUCCACAACCAGUACUUUCACAUUUCCAUGCUGGAUUACAAUGCCAGGGAUCGAGCACUCUAUGCCUGGAACAAUGGGCACCAGGUGCUGUUCAACGUAACAUUAUUUCAUAUUAUUAAGACAGACGAUGACAUGUAACACGGCGAAGACCCUUCAUUACAUCCCAUUUCAAUUUCUUGCUUUCUCUUCUCCUAUCUUUUACCCACCUACCAGGCUCGCUCUUUCCUCAUUUUUGGUUAUUUCUUAUUCAGACUCUAUAGUUCAUAAUGAACAUGAAACAAGAAAGACAAGUCACCAUAAGUGUACCCAUGUCCCCAAAGGUCACCUGGUGCAGACACUGGAUAUUUCAUAUGGAACAACUUGUAAAUCCAGAAUUGUAACCAUGUACAGUAAGAGACACCAAUGGAUAUUUGGGUAAAAUCAGAGAAAAAAAAAGAAAGGUGCAGAUACUCGCCAGCAUUAUAUGAUGCAGCUGGUCAAUUCUUUUCUACUAAUAUAAUCCAUUUCUGUGAAUGUUAUUGAUAUGGCACAGAGGUAGUUAAAGUCCUGUGCACUUAUUAGCAUCAUUGGUGGAUGCUAUAAUUAUCUCCAAUUAAAAACCCCUUGAGCGGCCAUUGCUAAUAAGUCAUAAUGAUGGUGAAUUAUCUGGUCUAUUAAUCUCCUCUAAUGAGUCUUUUAAUGCACCAGCGGGUGUCACCCAGGGACAAUAUCACCUGGUGCAAACGGCACAGGAAUUGUGACAGUGCACGGGUUACUGGGAGUGAAGCAAAAUCCAACUUGCUCUCUUAAUUAUCCUAUAAGGAAUCGUCUAAUAGAUGUCUGAUCUGUACCUCUCACAAUGGCACCUUCUGGUUGUUGUUUUAUACACAUUGUCCUUGUUUUCCUUCUCUCCCUCCAUCCCUCUGUCCCUCAUUUCCUUCCCCCUCCCUCUGUUCCUCAU